AUGAAGCAAGAUGAAGCUGCUAAUACUCUAGAAGAUAAUCUUAUUUUCAUUCAUGAGCUAAAAUGCAGCCUGAAGAAAAAGUAUAAGUGUGUGUUUGAAGGAAUUGCAAAGCAAGGUGACUCUACACUUCUGAAUAACAUCUACACAGAUCUGUAUAUCACUCAGGGUGGUAGUGAACAGGUCAAUACUGAACAUGAAGUAAGACAGAUUGAAGUUACUGCCAGACGUCAUGAAUCACAGGAAAUACCAGUUGAAUGCAAAAAGAUGUUUGAAACACCUGAACAAGACAAGCAGAUCAAAACUGUACUGACAAAAGGAGUUGCUGGAAUUGGAAAAUCUGUCUCUGUGCAAAAGUUUGUUCUAGACUGGGCUGAAGGAAAAGAAAAUCAAGAUAUCAACUUCAUAUUUCCUCUUCCAUUCAGAGAGAUGAACUUAAAGGAGAAAGAAACACAAAGUUUGAUGGACAUUAUAAAUCAGUUUUUCCCAGAGACAAAAGGACUGAAUCUUUCAAGGAGAAAUAAUUUCAAAGUCAUGUUCAUCCUUGAUGGAUUGGAUGAAUGUCGUCUUCCUCUGAACUUUGAUGGUAAUGAGACGUGGUCUGAUGUAACAUCACAAGUCUCUCUGGAUGUUCUCCUGACAAACCUGAUCAAGGGAAAUCUGCUUCCUUCUGCUCUCAUCUGGAUCACCACCAGACCAGCAGCUGCCAGCAAGAUUCCUCCUGAUUAUAUCGAUCGGGUGACAGAGAUACGAGGAUUCAAUGAUGCACAAAAGGAGGAGUACUUCAGAAAAAGAUUCAAAGAUGAGAAUCAGGCCAAAGAAAUCAUUGAUCAUGUUAAAAAAUCUAAGAGUCUCUUUAUCAUGUGCCACAUCCCAGUCUUCUGCUGGAUUUCAGCCACUGUUCUCCAGAACAUUUUAGAGGAAAGAAGGAGUAAUGAUGUGAGAAAUCAGGCUGAUGACUCCUUGAGAACACUGCAGAAAUCAAAUACUGAAGACACUCCCAAGACUCUGACACAAAUGUACACACACUUUCUCCGCUUUCAGAUCCAGCAGAGCAGACGAAAAUAUCAUGGAGAAUAUACAUCAAAUAUUUCCUGGGAUGAAAAGGCUAUUUUUUCACUGGGAAAACUUGCAUUUCAUCAGCUGGAAAGAAACAACCUGAUCUUCUAUGACACAGAUCUGGAAGCCUGUGGUAUUGACGUCUCUAAAGCAUCAGUGUAUUCAGGCAUGUGUACCCAGAUCUUUAAGGAGGAAAAAGGGAUCAUUCUUGGCACCACUUUCUGCUUUGUUCACUUGAGCAUUCAAGAGUUUAUUGCAGCUCUUUAUGCACAUCUGUUCCUAGACAUCCAAAAGCAAAGUGUGUUUGUUCAAGACUCUAUGAAACAGGAAAAACAUGGAACCAUGAUUGAUUUGCUCAAGACUGCAGUGGACAAGGCCCUUCAGAGUGACAGUGGGCAGCUGGAUCUUUUCCUUCGCUUUCUUCUUGGUCUGUCACUCCAGUCCAAUCGGCUACUCUUACGAGGACUGUUAACUCAGCAUGACAACAGUGACCAGAGCAAAAAGGAAAUAGUUCAGUACAUCAAGCAGAAAUUUGAAGCUAAUCUGUCUCCAGAGAGAUCCAUCAAUCUGUUCUACUGUCUGAAUGAACUGAAUGAUCAAACUCUGGUGAAAGAGAUUCAGACUCACCUUAACAAAGGAAGUCUUUCUUCUGCUGAUCUUUCACCUGCUCAGUGGUCUGCUUUGGCUUUUGUGUUGUUGACGUCAGAGGAGGAAAUGGAGGAGUUUGAGCUCCAGAAAUUCAAGAAAUCAGAUGAGUGUCUCAUUAGAUUAUCAGCAGUCAUCAAAACCUCUAAAAGAGCUCUGUUAAAUGAUUGUAAUUUAACCGACAAAAGCUGUUCAGCUCUGGCUACAAUUCUUGGAUCAGAUACCAAUCUGAAAGAGCUGAACCUGAACAACAAUAAUCUGCAGGAUACAGGGGUGAAGCUGCUCUGCUCUGGACUGAAUAACAUGCAGUGUAAAUUGGAGAUACUGAGACUUUCAGACUGCAGUAUCAGUGAAGAAGGUUAUAAAGCUCUGGCUUCAGCUCUGAGAUCAAACCCUUCACACCUGAUAGAGCUGGAUCUCAGAGGAAAUGACCCUGGACAAUCAGGAGUGAAGGAGCUUCUUGAUGUACCACAAAAACCAGACUGUAAACUAAUACUGAAAUUUUUGAAAAGUCCUGCAGCAGAGCAAGCGUGUGAUUAUCUCACUGAAGUUCUGGGUACAAGUCCAUUAUUACUGAAAGAACUGGAUAUGAGUGAAGAUAAAUUAGGAGACCUGGAUGGAGAGAAGCUCUCUGCUCUUUUGAUGGACUCUCAUAGCAAAGUGGAGAAAAUUAAGCUGAACAAUUGUAGGCUGACAGAGAAAAGCUGUUCAGUUCUAGCUACUGUUCUCUCCUCCAAAACCAUCCUGAAAGAGAUGAACCUGAACAACAGUCGUCUGCUGGACUCAGGAGUCAAAGAGAUCUGUGAGGGACUGAAGAAUCCUGUGUGUGAGCUGAAGAUUCUUAAACUCUGUAAGUGUGAUCUAACAGAGGAAAGCUGUUCAGCUCUUGCUUCAGUUCUCCGUUCAGAUUCCAGCACUCUGAAGGAUCUUGAUCUGAGCAAUAAUAAUCUGCAAGAUUUAAGAGUGAAGCUGCUCACUGAUGGACUGAAAGAAAACUGUAAACUACAGAAACUCAAACUCUCUAACUGCAGUAUCACUGAAGAAGGUUAUAAAGCUCUGGCUUCAGCUCUGAGAUCAAACCCUUCACACCUGAUAGAGCUGGAUCUCACAGGAAAUGAUCCUGGACAAUCAGGAGUGAAGGAGCUCACUGAUUUACUACAGGAUCCAAACUGUAAACUAAUACUGAGGUUUCUGAGUUCUGAAGCAGAAGAAGCCUGUCAGUAUGUGAGAAGAGUUGUGAAUAAAAACCCAUUACUUGUGAGAGAACUGAAUCUGAGUAAACAUAAACUGGACAGCACACAUAAAGUGAAGCAGCUCGCUGCUCUACUGGAGGAUAAACAUUGUAAACUGAACAUAAUUCAGAUGAAUAAAAACAGUAUUACUGAAGAAGGUUGUGCUGCUUUGACUUCAGCAUUUAAUUCAAAUCCUUCAAACCUGACAGAGCUGGAUCUGAGUGGAAAUAAACUAGGAAACAAAGGAAUACAGAAUAUUUGUUUGCUUUUGGAAAAUCCACAAUGCAAAUUGGAGAAACUGAAACUUUCAGACUGCGGUAUCAAUGGUGAAAAUUACAAAACCUUGAUUUCAGUUCUGAGAUCAAGCCCUUCACGCUUGACAAAGCUGGAUCUCACCGGAAACUAUCCUGGAAUAUUAGGACUACAGUGGCUCUUCAAAUUACUAGGGGGUGCAAUGAGUAAUUCAAUAACAAUCAGCUUUUUGAGUCCUGCUGCAGAUGAAGCGUAUGAGUAUCUCUUUAACAUUCUGGGUACAAAUCCUUUACUGCUCCAAGAACUGGAUCUGAGCACAAAUAAACUUGGAGACCUGGACUGGGAGAAACUCGCUGCACUUCUGCCGGACUCUCAUUGCAUAGUGGAGAAAAUAAAGCUGAAUAAUUGUGAGCUGACAGAGAAAAGCUGUUCAGUUCUAGCUACUGUUCUCUCCUCCAAACCCAACCUGAAAGAGAUGAACCUGAACAACAGUCGUCUGCUGGACUCAGGAGUCAAAGUGAUCAGUGAGGGACUGAAGAAAUCUAAGCUUGAAAUACUAAAGUGGGUACAUUCGCACAUCGUGGAAACACAGACCAUUACUUUAAUGGCAGGAAUAUAA